CUGGCCACCCUGACCACUGCUGAUGACCACCACUACGCGCGAGGGAGGGCGCAGCAGGCCGCCACUGAGGAGGUGUGGACGGGCCUGCGCUUCCUGGGCGACGCCUGGUUCUGGGUGGGUGGAGAACAGGUGCAGUACUCGGAGCUUCCAAGCUGCCCGGCUUUGAGGUGCGGCGUCCUGGAGAAGAACAGCCAGACGUCCUUUGGGCUCAGAGACUGCAGUGAGAGGAGGAACUUCUUCUGCUACAGGAGAGCUGGAAAUAUGGCCACUGAGUAA